AUGUUUAAAUUGGCACCGUCAACGGUGUGGAGGUUGAUAAAAAGAGGCGAGAUAAAGGCUCAUUCAAAUCCAUUACACCCGGCUUUAACCGAUGCCAACAAAAUAAGGAGGGUGGAGUGGAUUUUGAGCCUUAUCCAAGAAGACAUGAUUCAAAGACACACGAUUUACAAAGGAAUGUACGAUUAUAUUCACAUUGACGAGAAGUGGUUUUAUUUAACCAAGAAAACACAAAGGGUUUAUUUAGCACACAAAGAAAAGGUCCCAUAUAGGGCAGCGAAGUCAUCAAAGUUCAUACCUAAGGCCAUGUUCUUAGGGGCCGUUGCUAGGCCUAGAUGGAAUCGUUUUGGUCAAUUACAAAGAGAUUCAAAGAAUCGACCAAGGAGUUCAAUUGAAAUUAAACCAACCGAAUCAGUUAAUCAAGAAGUUUAUAGGAGUAUGCUCAUACAACAAUUGAUUUCGGCUAUACUAAGAAAAUGGCCAAGUGAUGGACCUUCUAUUAUUUUUAUUCAACAAGAUAAUGCAAGGGUUCAUAUCACAGACGAUGAUCCAAUAUGGCAACAACACAAUAGGCAAGGGGGUUUAACUUUCAUUCUUACUCAACAACCUCCAAAUAGUCCGGAUUGGAAUAUUCUAGACUUGGGUUUCUUUAGGAGCAUGCAAUCACUUAUGCAUAAAAAGAUGCUCAAAAACGGUACAGAAUUAAUCACAGCAGUUGAGGAUGCAUUCGGAGAGUUACAUCCAAAGACCUUAACUAAUAAAGUUGAAGAAGACAAUGGCAGGUUAAGGAUUCAAGUGAGAAUCCCAACACAAUUGGUUAGAGAAGCUGUAGCUUUUCUUAACCCAAACAGGGAUCAGCAACAAACACAAGCAUUAACAGAAAAUGAGGAUGCUGCACAAACAACAGAGAUCAUUCAAGAAGCUUAUGAUCAGGCAGUUGAAGACACUCAAGGAUGA